ACAUAAGAUGUUGCAUUCAAGCAGGGAAAAUAUGGCAGCACUUGUUUAAAUCAGUUCUGUAAAAACAUGGGAAGUGGAUAUGUUAUCUUUCUGACAUUUGCUUGAAACAGAAAAUAUGUUCGAUAUUCAGGUGGACAAUAUCAUUUUGAGGACUUAUUUGCAUUUAAAUUUUGUCACAGGAAAUGAAUAAAACGGCUUAAUAUUUGCCAUUUAAUAGAAGUUACAAAGUACUCAUGUGUUCAAUUACUUCUUUGGCAAGUUCUUCAACUUCAUUUGUUAUAUAUACAUGUCAUUUUCUCUCACGUGUAUAAAUAUAUGUACCUGCACGUUUCAAAUACCCUGCGUUCACUUUGAUUGGCUGUUCUUAUAAACUGCUGCAUAAGCAAAUCAAAAUGAAGAUUUCAAUGACAGGAUUACUUUUUGUGAUAUUUGUAGCAUCAUCUUCUUUUGUUAAAGCGAAAGAAAAGAUAUGCGGCUUCCCAGGAACUCCAGCGUACGGAUUCGUGAAACCGGAUGACAUUGGUUAUGUCGAAGGAGCUGUGGUUACUUAUACCUGCAGAGUUGGUUACAUUCUUCUUGGAUCUCCAAUAAGCAGAUGCACUAGUAAUGGUUCCUGGUCUGAAGAGGUGCCUAUAUGCGAUGAUAGUAUGACAACACUUGGAAUUGCAUACUCCAGUUCAACAGUUCCCGGUUUUCCUGCUGAACUCGCCAUAGAUCGAGACAAAGAAACGUGCGCUUAUUUAAAACCCAAGAAAAUAAGAUGGUGGCGAUUAGAUUUGGGACAAGAGCAUAAAGUUUUGACUGUUGCUAUUACUAUGCUUUCAUCAGACAAGAACGUAAAUUUUCACGUUUAUAUUAUUAAAACUGUAGAGACAAGUGCUUUAUUUUCGAGUUGUGCAUCCUUUAACGGGAAGUUUGGAACACAAACAGUUAUUUUGCCCUGUGCUAAUGGCAAAGGUAUUGAAGGCCAAAAAGUGCACAUUGAAGUUAAGGGCGACUCAGAAGGAUUGUUCGAUAUCUGCGAAGUUGAGGUUCAGGUCGAAAAAGAUACGGGCUAUGACUGCGGGAGGCCAAGUCGCAAUUUCUAUUCUGUAGUUUACGAACACAGAAAUGAUAAAGUCAGUUAUGGAUGUAUUAAAGGAUAUCAGCUCGUAGGCCAAGAGUAUAGAUCUUGUCUAAGCUCAGGCCAGUGGUCUGGGAGGCCCCCUGCGUGUAAACCAAUCAUCUGCGAAGAACUAGAGGAACUAGAGCACGGUCGUAUUGAGAUAACGGACAGCCAGACGGAGACAAAAGACAUUUCUUCAGGGAGUGUAUUAUUAGAGGGAGACAUAAUCUCUUAUGUGUGUGAUGAAGGUUACAGGUUAGACGGAUUACAUGCACGACAAUGUCUGAAAGAUGGAACAUGGAGUGGGAGAACUCCAAAAUGCCUUGAGAUCCGAUGUCCACUUCCAGACGAGAAAUCUCUUGGUGGUACUUACAGGUUACUCAAUCAGUCAAACACCAUGGGAAGCAUGGGUGUAUUGAAAUGCAGAAAAUAUUACAAAUUGGUCGGAAAAAAUCCUUACAUUAUAUGCACAGAAGACGGCGAAUGGACCAAAUCUGAUGCUCGAUGUGAAGCGCCUCCCGGAGCACAGCACAGAAAUUUAUCACUAGAAGAAAAGGAACAACCAAUAAUACAACAUCGAGGAGCUUUAAUCUUUGGAAUGAUUAUCGCAGGAAUAAUGAUUGUUGUCGUCCUAGUUGCACUCUAUCUCUACACGCAAAAGAGGCGCGAAGUUGAAAAGCCUAAGCUUCCUAGCCGUUUACUCGAGCCUCCAGCUCCCCCACCAAGGCCUCCCCCACGAACGAAAGGCGAAGCCUUCAAGUCUGCUAUCAUCGGCCUACUAAACCGGGACGCAGAAAAGCCAGAAGACCAGGUGGCACUUAAGAAUUCGUGGAAAACGCAGAGCCUUCCUUCAGACAACACAUACUUAGGCAACGAAGUAGACGCCGAGAAGGGCCCAAAAAGGGCGUUAUCGCAUGGACAAAGCCUUAUGAACGAAGAUAAACCAUCCCUGGUAGAAGUCGAUAUUGAACCUCACAAUGAUUUUCGGAAUAAAGGAGUUUUCCCCACUGUUCCUGAAGAAAAUGGAGAUGCAAGUCCUGAAAAUGUCAUUAUUGAUGUCGAAGGGGAUUCUUCAAAGCCAAAAGAUAGCGGAGGAGAUUACGCUGCAGUGAAUUUUGAGGAAAAGAGACAAUCCCGCCUGUUGAAACAACAGGAUUCCGCAGAAUCCUCUUCGACUGCUGCAGCGAGCCCUCUACCAUUUGACGAACCAGAUAAAAAAGAAGAAUCUCGUUCCCCAACUCCACCAAAACAUAUUAAUCGGAAUGAUACAGAAGAAGAAAGCUCUGUUAGUGAACCUGUUACGCCGAGUUCCAAACCUAAACCAGAAAGAUUAAAGAAAAAAGACAAAAGCGAACAGAGGAAAGUAAAACAGGCUGAAGAAGACAGAAAGGCUGAAGAGGAAAGAAAGGCAGAAGAGGCAAGAAAAAUGGAAGAAGAAAGAAAAGCGGAUGAAGAAAGAAAAGCAGAAGAAGAAAGAAGAGCGGAAGAAGAAAGAAGAGCGGAAGAGGAAAGAAAGGCGGAAGAAGAACGAAAGGCCGAAGAAGAGAAAAAGGCGGAAGAAGAAAAGAAAAAAGAAGCAGAGAAAGAAAAGAAAGCAGAAGAGGAAGGUGAGAAAAAAGUGCCAGGGCGAAGGAGAAGAGUUAGAGAGCCAUCUCCACCAGUGGAAGAAAGACCAGUUCUAAGAAGAGUCAGAAGGCAGCUAUAAGAACGUCUUAAUCCGUGAUUAAAGAGGAAAAAAUACCGAAAGUAAAUGCUUGUGGAUUUCUUUAAAAGAAAAACAUGAGUUCGAUGGUUUCAGAAUUUAUUUCGUAAUGAUGAAAGUUGUUAGAGUUGACAUUCCUUUCUUGUAUGAAAAAACUUCCUUUAUGAGUUCAGAAACUGUCAUUAUUGUUUCAUUGAAGAGGAAUAAUUUAAAAAUCUAAGAAAGUGAGAAGAAAUCUUUGUAAUUAAAUAUUCGAAUUUUGUGAUCAUAUUUUUUUGUUCGAUUCAGGAAAUGAAUUCUUUUGUAAAAUGUUUCAGAAAAGGCAUGAACUGAGUAUAAAGUUAGCAAGAUAAUAAUUUUUGAGCACAAAUUUGGAAUUAUAAUUCACAUUUAAGAUGACACAUGUGUAGAUAAAAAGAAUUAUAUUGUGUUAUUUUUCCUUUCUUUUCAAAAAUAUAUUACUUUAUUGUUACUUCUAUAUUUAAUUAUAGAACAUUUCUUUUAAUAAGUCAUAAUUUUUUUCUGAAUUUAAUUCUUUACCUGUCUAAGCUUUAACUGUGAAUAAAAAUAUGUGUUUCGCAUUAUAUUCUUUUAACAAAUAACAGAUAAAUACAUUGUUGUAACACAUGGGCGAAAAGAAAUAAAAUUGUAUUUCUUGGCGUCACAGUUAAACAAACAUACUUAAACAAAGGCUUCUCUACUUCUCGUAAGAGGAAAUUAGCAGUGCUGGUAUUCGAAUCAUCAAGUGCUGCAGUCACCCCUUCGAAAUCAAAAAAUUAUGUGUUAUACUGCGAAUUAAUGCUAUGUGGCAGAAACAAAUAUUAGGCGCAACUUUUAAAUUUGAAAUAAAUAGAUCAAUUUCACUGGCUUUCGAUAAAAUCCUUGAGUAGUAAGAAUCAUACAUGAACGUACAUACCCAUCUUUACGUUUAUAAACGUCUUCUAUAAUUUCAAGAGACGAUAAUAGUUUUCAUUUAAUCGACCUCCCCAGCGAUACAUCCUCACCCUUUCUAAGAUUCCUUUCAGAAGAUGGAUUCAGAAAACUGUGCUCAGAUCGCAGUUGUAGGAGAUAAUUCUCCUUCCACGUUUUCAAAAUUUGUUUCAAAAGUUUAGUCUGAUACAGUAUUCUCCUAGUUAAAGUCUUCCUGUUAAAUGGCUCAUUCCUGAAAAAGGUCGGCGAAAUGUACAGGAAAAGAAACGUAGUCCUGCCCUGGAAACAAGAAAUGGGCAGAUGUGAGAGUUUGGUCGCUCUUUUACUUCAUUGUGGACAUAUGUAAGAGGUAUGUGAUUCAAAAUUAACUCAAUUUCUGAAGAGUAGUCAUCAUUUUCUCAAAGUCAAGGAGGCCUUUCCAAGAAUUUUCGUAAAGGUUCUUUGAUGCUUUUCAUGAGCCUUUCACGAAACCCACCUCACCAAGGCGCGUGAGGCGCAUUAUGUUUUCAAGCUAGGCCGUUUGUUGGUAUGAAAUUCUUUAAUUUUGAAUCUACUAUAAUUUUUGCAAAUUCUUUCUGACUUUCAUUAGUAGCUCUGAAACUCUUAAACGUUGUCUAAUAUUAUAACUUUACAAUUUCCUCUCCUAGCCAAAAAUUUCCUCAAUGACAAAAUAAAACGUUUUUUUGACAUAUUUGUGAUUAAUUCAAUGUAUACAGCUCUAGGCAUAGUGCACGUAAACACUAUGUAAAUCUUUUGAGGUACCUUUCCUGAUUUUACUAAACUGAGCCAGUAAAAUCAGCAAAAGGAGGGUUUUCAGUAAUUCUAUUUUGGGGCAAUUGGCUAGUUAUUUAUUUAGCUGUUUUCAAACUGUAUUUUCGACUAAUUAAGCAUUUCCUAGUUACUCAUUUUGCAAUUUGUCUACCUAGUGGAAUCCAAAAUCUAGACCUAAUUUUGACAAGCGUAAAUGUCACUUACCGUGAAAAUUUUUAUUUUGCUCUCGAAUAAUAAUUAACUCUGUAAGCUUAGACUGCUUAGGAAGAAACACAGGGUGCUCAUUCUUUGUAAAUGCUGCUUCUUUGAAUCUUCCUUUUAUAUGCAACAUCCCGCCAUUGUCGAGAAAUGGGGCUAAAUUCAAAAGUGGAGAUUCUUUAGGAAUCGACUUACCAUUUUUGAUAUUCUGUAAUUCGAAGUUAAUCCAAUGUUUGCAAUAAAAUUUUGAUGCAAUAAAA